AAUAAUCAGUGCAGAGACGUUCGCGAAAACCAGCGAAGUGACGCUUCGUGCCGUCGAGCACCAUGUUCGGCGACGGCGACACGGCACCACGCGUCGUCGAGGACUACCGCGGCGUCAUCCAGAUCCUCAGCGACGGCACCAUCGUCCGGUCGGACCCCGCCGUCCUCCGGCCGCCGGAGCGCUUCCCCGACGUCCCUGGCGUCAAGUGGGAGGACGUCGUGUACGACGCCGCGCACGGCCUCAAGCUGCGCGUGUACAGGUCGGCGGCGGCCGGGGACGCCGGGAAGCUGCCGGUGCUCGUGUACUUCCACAGCGGCGGCUUCUGCCUCGGGACGUUCGAGCAGCCCAACUUCCACUCCGGCUGCCUCCGCCUCGCGUCGGAGCUGCCCGCCGUCGUCCUCUCCGCCGACUACCGCCUCGGCCCCGAGCACCGCCUCCCCGCCGCCAUCGACGACGCCGCGGCUGCCCUGUCCUGGCUGCGCGGACAGGCCGCGCUCGGCGCGGGCGCCCAUCAUCCAUGGCUCGCUGAAUCGGCCGACUUCACCAAGGUGUUCGUCGCCGGCGAGUCCUCCGGCGCGAACAUGUCCCACCACGUCGCGGUGAGGCGCGGGUCGGGCCAGCUCGCCCUCCACCCGCUGCGCGUCGCGGGGCACGUCCUGCUGACGCCGUUCUUCGGCGGCGCCGAGCGCACCGCGGCGGAGGCGGAGCCCCCGGCGGGCGCGCUGUUCACGCCCGAGAUGUCCGACGCGCUGUGGCGCCUGUCGCUCCCGGCCGGCGCGACCAGGGACCACCCGGCGGCGAGCCCGUUCGGCCCGGACAGCCCGUGCCUGGAGCCGGUGGCGUUCCCGCCGGUGCUCGUCGUGUCGGCCGGGUGCGACAUCCUCCACGAGCGCGUGCUGCGCUACGCGGCGAGGCUGGAGGGGAUGGGGAAGCCCGUGGAGCUCGCCGUCCUCGAGGGGCAGGAGCACGCGUUCUUUUCCCGCCAGCCGUGGGGCGAGGGCGCCAGCGAGCUGAUCCGAGUCAUGAAGAGCUUUGUCCACAAUGGCGACUGCGCCGGGUGCAACUAGUACUAGUACAAAUGUUGGGGAUUGCUGGUCUGAUAAGUCCGUCUCCUUUUGGGGGUUUUGAUCGUCUUGUUCGUGCUCUGAUUCUCCACGACGACAGGUAUAACGUCUGGAGUUCGUCUGUAGUCGAAUAAAUCGUGGUGCAAAGUUUGUGUAUCCCUAGUUUUCAAAUUUCGAAUAAAAAACAACUUUGUA